CCGCCCAUCAGCAACCCCAAACCGGAAGACGACGACGCAGUAGCCCCGCUCACGGCUCCGGAAGGAGUGCCACGACGCGGACACACGACGCUCCCAAAACGGCAGGCAGGGCAACUCCUUCCUCCCCCUCCUCCUCCUGGUCUUCACCCUCCUCCUCCACCGGGACAGACAGCAUCCUAUGCGGCUCAAGAUGGCGGUGCAGGCAGCAGAAAACGACGCGAUUGUAGUGGAGGACGAGCAGCUUAAUGACUCAUUGGGGAGCGUCGGCCUCAUCUCACCUGACAAGGAGGAUUUAGCACGGCUUCUGACAGUACCCUUCAGUGGACGCAUACGAGGCGGCAUGAGGCCCGGCAAGAAGAUCAUAGUGAUGGGCAUUGUGGACUUGGAGCCAGACAGUUUUGAUGUGAGCCUGACCUGCGGCCGGGACAAGGACAAGGAGGAGGUGGCCUACGACGUGGCCCUAAAACUCACCGCCCGCUUCUCAGACCGUCAGUUCCUGCGAAGCGCCCGUGUGGCCGGCAAGUGGACAGAGGCAGAGGCCUCCACCGCCUACUUUCCCUUCAUCCCAGAUCAGCCUUUCAGGGUGGAGAUCCACUGCGAGCACCAGAGGUUCCGGAUAUUCGUGGACGGACACCAGCUCUUUGACUUUUACCACAAAGUAAAAUCUUUGGCCUCCAUCGACACGGUACGGAUAGACGGAGACCUACAGAUCACCAAACUGGGCUAACCGCACAUCUACGCACACACUCAUGCGCAAAGCUCGCCAGGUUGAGGGUGUGUGCAUGAAGGACUUGAGCACGCACACACACACACAAAUGCAAAGCUAGCAUACACAACAAGGCUCCUCCACUUCAUAGUCUUUAAAUGUUAAAGACUAACAACAUUUCACCAUUUCUCAUGUUUUAGUUGAUUUGAAGCCCAAAAAUAUCUCUACUUGCUAUUUUCAUGCUAUCUUGUUUUAAAAUGAAAGCAUUAUUUAAUACUCACUGGCUGCUAUUGACAGUGAUAGACAUCCCCAAAAGAGUUGACGUCUGUUGUUGUCAGUUGCAGCCAAUAGGUUAAUAAAAGCUUAGGUUAAAAUGUUCAAUUUAUUUUUCAAAUGUAACGCUCACAGCAUCUUUAAAUAGUUCCCCUCUUUUUUUGUAUAAAUAGUUUGGAUUAUAUUUUUUAUUUAAUUUAAAAAUAUAUUUCACUAACACUAAAUUACAAAUUUGAAAUAUCACAGCAUCUUUACAUUUUUUUUCAGUUUAUUUACAGUAUUAACUCAUAGAAAAGAUAUAUUUUCCAAUUAAUUGUGAGCCAAUUUCAAUUUAUUUGUGACUUUAGUUAUUGUGAAAAGUAUUAUUAAAACUUAAAAAAAGUUCUGAGCAUCGUUUAUUGCUAUUUUCUUUCCUGAAAACCGCUUGCAUUUUCAAAAAUUUUAAGAAGUGUAAUUAAAUGCUUUUUGAAGUUUUACUUUAAUUUAUACAAAUACUUUUUUUUUUUUUAAAUGCAAGAAGUUAAACCUCACCGCAACUCUACUUGUUAAUGCCUUUAUAUUUUUUUAAAUUUACUUUUAAAGGGAUUCACGGACAGAAAGACUUUUAGUUCUUAAAAGAUAAACGUUAUUAUGAGUUAGUAUAAUUUGAAAUUGAAACCCCUCUUGAUGUUUUCGUUUUUAUACAAUUUGUAAAAUUUGUCUAACUAGUAGGUCGCCAUUAUUGUUGACGUCGCAGGGCAGUGACGUCACAUGGUCACGUUGCCGGGCUGCGAGAGUAUGACUCUAGCGAUAUAAACAUGUCAUCGGUUCAACCCUUUCAAUUUGAACCCGAGAAGAACAUUAAUGAGCAUGACAGCACUGUUGAUAUUCCACAAAACGAGCAGCAAAAGCAAAAUGAACAGGAAAGACGGGAUGAGCCGAGAUGAGCGUAGGGGAGAAAAAAACGGUGUCCUGUCAAAAUGUACUACACCGGCAAAACGUCUACAAGAGGCAAAUUUGACACCCAAAGUACUUCCGUGUGCUUUCAGCUUGUUUUGUUUAGAUGCAUACAGACAGAACAUACGAAAGAUGCCUUAAGAAAAUACUUAAGCGUGGUAAUAUCAAACAAGGUUGGUUUAAAUAUGCUAUGUGACUAAUGUGGUCAGCAGUUCAAGUAUCUCCUUUAAAGCUACCACAAGAAAACACAAUACUUAAAAGUAUGAGAAGGAAGCACAUGCAAAACGUAUUUUGAGGCAAUAAAAAGGUAAUAAUGGACUCAAUAAAUACACAAAUAGUAAGUACUCGCCGCUUUUAAACGAUGUGUGCGUGUGUUGGACGUCAUGCCGCGUAGAAGGAAUUGCAGUAACCCGGUAGUAUUCGUCGAGUGACAGUGACAAUCUACGUCAGGGGUGCCCAAUCCCAGUCCUCGAGAGCCCCUAUCCAGCUUGUUUUCCAUGUCUCCCUCCUCUAACACACCUGAAUAAACUAAUAA